AUGUCACCGCCAGCAGCAUCUGACCCAACCACGCUCGCCUUCGCCUCAUCAUUCCCCCCACAGCCUCGCCAACAAACGACAUGUGCUGUCCCGACUCUCCCCGUGCCGCAGCAACCCAGGGCCAUUACCGCUACUCUAGGAGUAGUUCCGGUGUGGCCGCCACCGCCGCUGCUAGCGCCGACACCGCAACUUGCGAACACUGGCGGUCUACCCAGCACCAGCAGAGGCAGCAUCCCACGACCAGCACCCCGUGAACACUGCCUGCAAGAUGACCUGUACUACACUUUCACACGCGAUGCCUACCUGUGUAGUGCGACCGCCGCGGCUAGAGAGGUUGCUGGAACGCUGGCGUUGAACCAAGGUUAUCACUGUGCUGGCCCUGCUUCUGCCCUUGCUGUUGUUCCUACAGCCACUACUGCCACCGCUAUUGCUGUGCCAAAAGAGACGGUGAACAAGACUCACCGACGCCCACAACACCCAUUAAAAAGACCUCUGCACGCACUACCGCCCCAAAAUCACCCACCUGCAAAGAGACCUAAACCUUCUACCAACAACAAUAACUCCAACAUCAACAAUAACUCAACCGACCUGCACUUUGUCGACUCGUCUCUCUUCGCUACACUAAACGCAGCCAUGAUGGAAAUCGCCAGCCGCCAACUCCCCACACACCAACCCAUGUCGACUUCGUCGCCAAAAAUAUCCUUCAAGGACACCACCUGGACCUUUCCCAAGAAGCUCAAGAAGAAGCGUCCCCGACCCAGCGAGAUCUUCAACAUCAACUUUGGCUUUGGAUUUUCCUCUCGCCGCCGCCAAUCAUCAGACUACUCGCCUCAAGUCAGCCCUCGCACAAGCAUCUCAUCCGCAUCCGGCUCCCCCAGGACAGAGAUGGCCGAAUGCUUUAAGAGACAGCGGAUCGACUCUUCCGGCUCCGACGCCGAGGUCACGCGAUCAAAGAGCGCAAGGCUGGAGAUCAUCACUCCCACCACCACCCGCAGCCAAUGUGAAGAGCCACACCCCGGCCAACUCGUCGACUUCACCCAGAUUCCACCUUCACUUCCUCCCUCGCCACCCCCGGCCCCCGUCCCCGCCAUGCAACUCCCUUCACCCAAGCAAUCGCCCAAGCUCCUCCCCAAGAGCAACCCAACCAACGAAUCCAGCCUGCGCCUCACCACCGACGCCUACCACGAGUACCUCGCCACCACCCAGCGCCGCAAGUCCUUCCCCGCCGGCGAAUGGGCCGCCCGCCGCAUCCGCGAGGAAUUCCAAAUCCUCAGCAAACUCGACGCUGGUCUCACCCGUGAAGAGGAAAUCGAAUCCAUCGACCCUCUUGACACCACCACUUCCGCUACUACUGCCAACGCCAACGACAUCUCCCUCAUCGCCCCCUUCGACACCACCAUCACCACUCAGCCUCCUCUCGACAACUCAAACUGCGAACUCCGUCGCACCACCAGCGACCCUUCCACCGAGCGCUUCCUCCUGCACAUCCGCGCCAGCCUCGAGGCCCGCAGGAGCAAGAGCGGCAAGAUGUGGCAGUCCUACCCUGUUUUCGCUGAUGAAGUCGAGAAGGGCUUCUUGGAUGAUGCGCCCUUGUAA